CCCAGUCUAAACAAAUUAUAACUUUAUAGUUAAAAUGAUUGAAAGUGGAUAGUGGCAGUUUGCAGCAAUGAAAUGUAGUUGUAUUCAUCCUCAGUAUUAACGGAUUUAACGUAUUUACCGGUAGUUUCCGACAUAACAAGCAGCAAAACGCCUCAGUUCGACACCAGACAGUAAAAAAUCUCGGACAAUAGAGGACGUGCGAAGUGAGAUCAAUAAAUAAAUCAUGGUGAGUAAAAUACAACCAGCUUCUUUUUGUCAGACGUCAGGGAAAGUAUGCGUCCCAGCUCCUCCUGGUAAGAAAGGGAGCCGAGGUCCCCGAGGAAGACGAGGAGCGCAAGGACAGAAGAGAAAGAGAAGUGAGCCAGGUAUAAUGGGCUUACCUGAAAGAAAAGGCAAGCAAGGCAUCAGGGGAGAUUAAGGACUGGGAGGAGAAAAAAGGUGAAAAAGGCGCGUCUGGCCCCCGUGGAAUGACAGGACAGAAAGGAGAACCAGGGGAAAGCGCCUCCUUGCCAGAAGUGACCAUAUCACCUGAGACUAAAACAGUAACUGACAACCAGACUGCUAGAUUCUAUUGCUCGACCAGAGGACACCCAACACCUGUCGUGACCUGGAGCAAAUUCAGAGGCUUACUUGCUGGCGAACGAGUCAAAACCAACCCAAAUGGCCGCCUCGAAGUUACAAAGUCGAAUUUCAAUGACUCUGGGGAGUACAUGUGUUCAGCAGUCACUGUUCUGGGUAAGGACACCAAGACUGCAAAGCUUUUUGUUGAAGAUUUCUCUGUGGGAGACACUGGAACAUACAUAUGUGCAGCUCAGAACAAAGUUGGACGAAAAAGAGCCUUUACUACAUUAGGUAUCCAAAGGAUACCAGUUAUUUCCUGCGAGGAGGUCAUUACGAAAUAUUCAGCAAGGCAUUCUGGUACUUACGAACUAACAGCAAACUCGUUGAGAUAUAUGGUAUACUGUGAUAUCGGGGUAGAUCGCACAGCAUGGACCCUUGUCGCUCGAUUUUCAAACAGCGACGGCAAAAAUUGGAUGCGUCACGAUGGCAGAUGGUGGUAUGACCAGCAAAGUGACAAUGGGACAACAAAUGACCCUUCAAUAAACGCUGAUAUGAUCUUGCCUGCCCUUUUGUUGGUCAGCGGUAAUGAAAUAAAAAUCACACGUAGUGAUGACCCUAGCCACACCCCUCUGUUGCAGACAACAGGGAACUGUUUUGGUUGACAACAAUUCCGAUCGAAAAUCAGUAGUUAUGGUGACUUUAGAAAUGAUAAAGUCUGGGCCAGUGAUCGGUGUCUCGGAAGUUGCACAGUUCAAUAUGGAGGACAAUACAAAUCAACAGAUAGGUUUCAACAGGCUGAAUGCAAUGGAAACAUCCAAAAAAAUGCUGACAAGAUCGGCUUCUGGUGUGACUGGGGUAGUGGAGAUGGAUCAAUGAUGAUGAUUGGUGGAGGAGGAAGCUGUGCACGUGCAGAUCAUUGAAUUGGAAUCACAGAAACUGGCGAUGUUUAUUUUGUUGACCUCGGAACCCGUGAGACCGAAUAUGACUCUAGUUAUGGUGCUCAAACAAAUUACGCCCCAUCCCGGUCCUACUCGUUAAACUUAUGGAUCCAUUAAAAUAAUCAGCCCUUCAUGUUUCAA